AGAGGGAGAGGGGAGGUAGGUACACCUAUAAUGGAGUGAGAGAGAGAGAGGGAGGAAUAAAGAGCAAGGGAGUGAGUGGGAUCAAAAAAUCCAGGAGAUAAAGAAAAUAUAAAUAAAGAAGGUGAGAGGGAGCAGCAGAGAGUGAGAGAGAGAGAGGGACUCUGACCCCCCCACCUCCACCUCCACCUCCAUCACCGAGAGGGAGUGAGAGAGAGGGACCUGGGCAGCAGAGGGAAAGAGUGAAGCAGACAGAUACCGGCUGGAGGGUGUCUCAGUCAGAGAAGGGAGAGAUAGAGAGAGAGAGAAAAUAACUAAAAAGGAACCUUCCAUCCAUCCAUCCACCCACCCAGGGGACAGACUGUGCUCAGGGAGAGACAGAGCGACCGACCCGAGGGGCAAAGUGGGGCUGAGCUCUCCCACCUCCUCCCCGAGGGUUGUAGCAAUCCCGGGACCCCUCAUGCGCGAGUGUUCGGUUGACGUUAAGAUGGGGAAGGAGCGGUGAAUGGGCUGAGGUGGAUCAGGAUAUCUGGGUCCACAGUGGAGCAGGGUUGGGGGUUCGUGGGGCGAUUGCUGAGCAAGACCCACGUAGAGGAGGGGCAGAGUUUGUGCGCAGGGUGUCUGGUGAUCGGGGUACAGUUGGACUGAGCCAGCAUUGACUUAGAGUGGAGGAUGAGGAGGAGCUGGCUACCUCUGUGACCUUGAAAUCGUCGGAUCACUGGAAGUUUCUGCAGCUUUGGAAUUAUCUGGGACAUAAUGUGUGAGAAUAGCAGAGAUUGUGGGAGUCCUGACAGCUCUUGGGGGAGUUCUCCACAAAAGCGACGAGCGAUGAGCAGCUCUCCACCCUCUGUCGUUGGCUCAGGAGUCUCGUCUUCGGUCAGUUCACCCGUCAGCAGCGUUGGCUCGCACUUCUCGGUCAUCAACUCGUCCCUGAGCUCACCUUCGACCCCGUCGCUGAGCUAUCGGCCUGUGAACAGCCCACAGAUCAACUCCACGGUCAGCCUGUCGGGGUUCCCCGCCGUCAGCAGUUCCGACGAUGUCCACUCGGCGCUGGGCACCAACCAGGCUAUUUCUUACCCGGCCAGCUCUGCCACCCUGCUGCUGAGGCGCAUCUGUGCCAUUUGUGGGGACAGGUCUUCAGGCAAACACUACGGUGUGUACAGCUGCGAGGGUUGUAAAGGCUUCUUCAAGCGCACGGUGCGGAAGGACCUCUCCUACACCUGCCGAGACAGCAAGGACUGCAUGAUCGACAAACGGCAACGGAACCGCUGCCAGUACUGCCGCUACCAGAAGUGUCUGGCCACCGGCAUGAAGCGGGAAGCCGUCCAGGAGGAGAGGCAGAGGAGCAGAGAGAGGGGCGAAGAGGUGGAGUCCACCAGUGGGGCCAACGACGAGAUGCCGGUGGAAAAAAUCCUGGAGGCCGAGGUGGCGGUGGAGCAGAAACUGGAGCUGCAGACCGACGGGGCGGGAAGCGAAAUGGUGUCGCAGCAGGUUUUUAUUGAUUUAGAUUUUGAUUCUGAUGUUUAA